AACCUACUCGGAAACACGUUGACCUGUCUCCAUAUUUAUCACGACACACGACUCUUCUGAAUUUUUCUCCCAAUACAAAACCCAUUCUUAAUUUCCUUCAUACUCCCUCAAAUUCUCCAGUUCAAUUACUCUCUGCUAAAGAACACCUAAAAUUCACAGCCAUGGAACAUCGUACGUUAGAAAUAAACGUUAUGUCCGGUAAAGAUCUCAACAAGGUCAAUCUAAUCACAAAAAUGGACGUGUACGUCGUCGUUUCAAUCUCCGGCGCCGACGACAGAUCCGACCAGAAAACCAAAACCCACGUCGAUCACGACGGCGACAACAACCCCACGUGGAAUUUCCCGAUCAAAUUCACUAUAGACGAUAACGCUGCUGUUCACACCCGUUUGAAUCUUGUUUUCAAGCUCCGGUGUCAACGUGCCCUUGGUGAUAAAGAUAUUGGAGAAGUUACUGUACCUAUUAAAGAGCUUCUGGAUUCUCCCAAUAGUACAGGAAGCAAACAAUUUGUAAGUUAUCAAAUUAGAAAACCUUCUGGUAAACCUAAAGGUCAACUCACUUUUUCUUACCAAUUUAGUGAUAAGAUUAUUAGCAGUGUCGAUGCUAAAGUUGACCAGCCGGUUACUGCUUAUCCGGCGGUGAAUCCAGCUCCGAUGGUGGGGUCCACUUCCGUAUACCCACCGCCGCCGCAGCAAGGUCCGAGUGGGACAUACCCACCACCUCUCGCCGCCUAUGGUUACGGCGGGAAUGGACCUGCUCCACCACCGCCUAUGGCAUAUCCUCCGCAGGCGGCAGCCGGAGGAGGAUAUGGAUAUGGAUAUCCACCGCAGGCGGCAGCGCCAUAUGGUGGAUAUCCUCCGCCGCCACAACCCCAAUAUGGAUAUCCGCCGCAACAAGGCGGAUAUGGAUAUGGAUAUCCGCCGGUGCAACAAGCUCGGCCACCGAAGAAGAACAAUAAUUUCGGGUUAGGAUUAGGGGCGGGUUUGCUUGGUGGAGCACUUGGUGGAAUGCUAAUCGGAGAUGCAAUCUCAGAUGCUGGAGGUUAUGAUGGUGGAUUUGGUGAUGUUGGUGGAUUUGAUUUCUAAUCUUUUUUAGUUUGAAGUUUUCUUUUUUAGUAGGAAUUAAAUUGAGGAAUUGUAAUUUUGUGAGUUUUGAUGAUAUAAAUUCAAGUGACGUUUUAAUGUAAAAUUCAAUGAAUAUUGUGCAUUUUGGGAGGCAUUUAUCUCCUAUUGCAAUUACAA